AUGAAGAGACUGGACGAACCUAAUGCAUUACCUACCACUCCCCCUUUGAAGACUACAAAGGAAGCCGUACCCCAUCUGCCGAUUGCAGUAUGUAUCGUGGACGUGAUUCAGUCCAUAAUCACCCUCUCAGAACAUAUGAAGUCUGAUCUUGAACAAUUUGCCUUGGGCACAAUGUCAGAAACUCAGCUCAAAGCUACGAUAACACUGCAAGCCAAGAGGCGUGAACGAGACCUUAUCGCAGAACUUUGGAGGACCAAUGAGGAGAAAGGGGAAGACGUAGCCCGGCGUUUAUGGAACCAAUGGGCAUCCGAGCCUUUGGAACCCCAUCUGCAACUGCGGUCUGAAGAUAGAACUCACCAUGCCCGAUGGGUGCUUCGACUUGUUCAAGCUCUAGGAUCCUCUGUGUCGAUAUCCUGCGAUGUACCUACUCCCAAAGAUCGCCUGUCGACUGCGAUACACCCUGUCCCUGCCUCCCAACUUACCUCAACCCCCUCCCAUAAGAACAGUCUCCCUCCGCAAUUCCUCCUCUCUUCCCCCUCUCUGUUCUAUUUGCAGAACCUUCUCCAGGCUAUCGUCAUCAGUGCUGCUUUGCGUACCUUGCCCCGGUUACCCACUCCAUCGUCUACGUCUGCUACUGCCCCAGGAGGGGACUUCAUGGAACGGAUAUGGUCCCUCCUUCGAUCCGAAGUGGACCAACCAGACGACACCCCAGGUGCCACCAAGUUGAUCAAUCUCGAAGACGAGGUAGUGCGAGCGAGGACCCUGGCUGUCGCCCACCACCCAGCGUCUGUCCCUAAUCUCGGAACAGAUCCUUCCUCAGCGACCCCAAGUGCACCCCCAAUGGGCAAGGAGGAAGAAGCGCGAUUACGUGCCGCCGUCCAGCGUACGCUGCAAACGCAAGAUCCUGUGUUCGUGCUCCUGCAGACGCGGCUUCUUGUCAGCAUGGCGAAAUAUUCAGUUGAUCUUGUGGCGCAGUCACCAGCUGAUCAGCCGGCUGGAGGUGUGCCCUCGGGAGGAUCUUCGUCUGUUAGUCAUGGUGCGCCUUACGCGCCGAGUAGCAUGCACACAGGAAGAGAUGGAGGGCGGCCUGACAAGAGACUCAGAUUAUCUUCCCCUAGCGAACUCCCUCAAAAUGCGGAACCGCCGAAGCAUGUUGCCUUGAUCAAAGGGUUUGAAGAUCCUGUCUUGGUUCGGGCUAUAGAGGAAGCCUUUUCCAAGUUCGCCCGUUGUAUCAAAUGGGUAGCAGAGACGUGGCAGGAUGUAAUUUAG